GGCUCUGCCCGAGACGAAAUACGACUGCCGCCAUUGAACGGUGAGUGGCUCGGUAACCGUUUCGACAAGCCGGCCGGACUCGUACUCACAACCUUGGCGUGCACAGACAAACAUAUUAGCAGGCAUUCACUAAUUGUGUUGGACAGUCGUCAGGAGCAAACUCCUAAUCGGUCCGUUCUCUCUCGCCACUUUCGCCCCUCCCGCCACAGUUUCUAUUACAACACCGACCUGAGGCGAUGCGAACCCUUCAACUACUCGCCCCAGUGCCACCUCGUCGCCCUGCACGGAGUCCGUGCCCCGAAAUUGCUGGUGCCCUCGCGCAACGUCUUCCCCAACGCCGCCGUCUGUAGGUCCGUCUGCCAGGACUCGUGGCCGUACUCGAGCUCAGGCAACCCGGUCGUCAGGACGAUGGUGAAAGUGCGAAGAAGCCUCGGCCACGGGCCAGAAAUGGCCGACGACCCUGCGGACCCCUCGAGCCCCUCGGACCCCUCGGACCCCUUGGACCCUUCAGAACCCUCGGAUCAUUCGAGUGGACCAAUGGCAGCGACCGUAGCAGUGGCCGUGGGUGGGCGGGCCAUGGGCAAACGGAGGGUCUGUCACGUCUCCGCCUGGCAGGCCUGGGGCCCGUGCCAGCCAAUUGCGAGCCGUCUAAACGCUUCACCGUCUCCACCGUCUCCACCACCUCCACCGCCUCCUGGGCGCCGUGGACCGCGUGGACGGUGUGCAGCAGCAGCUGCGGUACCGGAUCCGAGGAGCGGCGGCGAUGGCGAUUGGCCGCCGACGAGGCCGAGUGCCGGCCCGACGCUCCCGACAGCCGGCAACGACGACUCUGCAACCGGACCGACUGCCCCCGGCAACCAGCCGCCGGAGGCUGAGGCGGCACGAGAUGUCGCAUGCUCACAGACCAGCCCCGCUCCUAAAAAGAACCGGCUUUCGAGACUGCCAGACAAACGGCCCUCUCUCUCUUUCUCUCCAAUAACCCAGCAUAAAUGUUGUCGCAAAGCACAGUCUAAUGACCAGCAUCAUCACACACCUUUCAUAGCUCUCGAAUUCGCUCGAACUACCCCACCCAACCUAGCAUCAUCACCAUCAUCAUCACUAACACCACCAAUAGAAACAAUAUCCACCUCACCGACAACAACAACAACAAGAACAACAACAACAACAAUCAUCAUCAUCAUCAUCAUCACCGCCAUCAUCCUUAUUAUCAUUAUUAUUAUUAUUAUUAUUAUUAAUUUUAUUAUUCUCUUCAAUGUCGGAGCUGCUCACCUCUGCCCACAACGUAUGCACCCGCCAACUUGUCCUUCGUCUGUCACCUGGUCCCUUCCAAAAUCAGUCCUUUUAGAGGCAUGCUGUGUCGUCAAGACAGUCACUUCCGGCGGCCGGGCAGAGAGUAAAUGA